AUGGCAUUUUUGCUUCAUACAAGCUUGCCAUCAAACUCUUGGUCAGCAGAGCAGAAGUAUGACUUUUCUAAGGGUUAUGCAAUAACUCAUGCUCUCUUUGCAGGAAGAUGCGGCAAAAAUGAAAUAUUUACUACAUGUGGAAGUGCCUGCGAGCCAACAUGCAACAAACCAUUGCCUACUAUCUGUACUAUGCAAUGUGUUGUGGGUUGCCAAUGCAAACCCGGCUUUAAGCGUGGACGAAAUGGUUGCCAGAGGCCAGGACCUGGCUGCUUGUAGUU